UGUGGUUCAAACGUUUAUAAUAAGCUAGUUUUAACCUCUUUUUAUAACCUUUUAUGCUACUUGCAGAAAAUAAAAGGUUAAAAUUAAGCACGUUCCAGUGUAUUUCCGCAGUGGAUACAUGUAGCUUAUGAAUAUAAAAGAAUCAUGAACUAAAAACUGCACAAGACCAAAAUAAAAACUGUGUGUGAUAAAAAUGUUUAAAAACCUAGUUGAUGGAUUCAAAGGUCUGGUUGAAGUAGCAGGAGCCAGCAUCAAUCCGUACACUGUUAACAGUGUUAAGCUUGAGAACUACAAAGAUUAUUCUAAGCGUGCUGAAGAAGGCCACCUGAUAUUGUAUAAGAAAUAUAGCUCCUAUGAUUGUAUUGUUGUCAGUACUACAACUCCUAAAUCAGUAUGGAGCAUAUUUAGGUUAACCAAUGACGGUGAAGCUUUUGCCCAGUUUGGUUUAUUUGCCUCUAAGCUGAAUGUUUUGAUUGCUCAGAGCAGCUCCGUGUUUGUAGGUGACAAUCUACAGAAAAUAACUGAUGUGAUUAAAGAACAUUCAUCAUGGACACCUAUACAUAUAGCAGCAUACCUAGGAUUCUACGAAUUCAUUAGGCAGCCGGAUAUAAUUAGAAAAAUAAAUGAUAAGACAUCAACUUCUGAGGCCACACCUUUGAUGACAGCAGUAAUGGGUAAACAGUUCCAGUGUAUAGAACAGUUAUUACAAUCAGGGGCAUCUCUACACAGACAGGAUAACAGUGGUGACAGUGCAUAUCACUAUGCCGUUAGAUUUGAACCUAAGUGUAUACCUAUCCUUUCCCAGUUUGAUAAAGAUGGUGUUAAAGACUUCUACAAUAACAAAGGACAAACAGCACUAUACUUGGCAUGUGAAAAGGGCUUGCCUGAUGCUGUGGAAGAACUUCUUAAAGCAGGGGUUAGACCAGAUAUAUCAGCAUGUGACAUGUUGCCUAUACAUGUAGCUAUGAAAACAAAUAACAUUAGAAAUUUAGAGCUUAUAUGUGAGAAGCAUGUGGACCAAUUAUUUGCUAAAGAUCAUAAAUAUGGAGGGACACCUGCUCAUUGGGUGAGAAAAAGAGAGGUUGCAGAAAAGUUGCUUAAACUAGGAUGUGAUGUGAACGUAAUUAGUGACACAGGACAUACUCCUUUACAUGUAAUGUUGAAAAAAGAUAGGAGAGAUUGUAUAAUGGAACUAUUGGUCCAUGGAGCUGACACAAGAGCCGGAGAUGUGUAUGGGAAUACACCAUUACACAUAGCUAUUCAGAAUGAUGAUGUAGAAUUUGUUCGGCUGUUUAUAGUGUUUGGAGCUGAUGUCAACAUGAAAAACAAGGAAGGCCAUACACCAAGACAUUUAGCUUCUACUUCAAAAGAAAAGAAUAAAGACAUAAUACUAUACAUGUUACACAUAUGUGGUGCCAAACGAUGUGGACACACAACUAAAGGCUGUUGUAAAGGUUGUGUAAUGGAAGGCAACUAUGAUGGCACUGUUGAUGAUGCAAUGAAAACUGUGUUGACUAUAGAUAGGGAAGCUAUUGUAGAUGAAAUGAUGUCGUCAUUUAGAGAUCCUGACCAAGAUGAUGACACCACAAGUAGUUUAGAUAAACACAGGGUAUUGUGUCUAGAUGGAGGAGGAAUAAGGGGUAUAAUAUUAAUACAGCUAUUAAUAGCUAUUGAGGAUGCUGCUGGGAUUCCUAUAAAGGAGUGUUUUGAUUGGAUAUCAGGAACAAGUACUGGUGCUUUACUGGCUUUAGGAAUAGCAACUGGUAAACCACUGCCUUACAUGAAAGGAUUAUAUGUCAGACUAAAGGAUGAAGUAUUUAAAGGUUCCAGACCGUAUCCUGCUGAAGCCUUUGAGGAAAUGUUGAAGCAAGAACUGGGAGAAACCAAAGUCAUGACAGAUAUUGCAGGACCAAAGGUGCUAGUGACUGGAGUUUUAGCAGACAGACAUCCUUCACAGUUUCAUUUCUUCAGAUCAUACCAUCCUACGCUUCAAACAUAUGAAGAUGACACACACCCUAAAGGAGUACUGAGACCACCUCCCCCUCAUGAGCAGUUAGUGUGGGAGGCAGCCAGAUCAAGUGGUGCAGCUCCAACAUACUUCAAGAGUGCCAGAGCAUUUGUAGAUGGUGGAAUGAUAUCAAAUAAUCCAACACUUGACACACUCACAGAGAUCCAUGAGUAUAACUUUGGGCUCAAACUAAGAAAUGAAGGCCAUCUGAUUAAACCAAUAGGCUGUGUUGUAUCCUUAGGUACAGGCAGGAUACCAGUAAUACCAGUAGAAAGUGUAGAUGUCUUUAGACCUGAAGGGAUUUUUGACGUAAAAAGAGUUGUAACUGGAUUCACUGGUCUAGUGAAUAUGAUGAUUGAUCAGGCAACAUUAUCAGAGGGACCACCUGUCAAUAGAUCUAGAGCCUGGUGUAGUACGUUAAACAUUCCAUUUUACAGAUUUAGUCCCAGAAUAAGUGAAGACUUUCCUUUAGACUGCCAUGACAACAAGUCUAUUAUAACUAUGAUGUGGGAGACACAAUGUUAUAUUGUAGCAAACAGGGAAAAGAUUCGAAAGUUGGGAAUAUUAUUAAAAAACAUUCAUGAUGCCAAAAAAACAACUGGAAAGUAAUUUGUAAUGUUUGCACAGUAGUAAACAAACAAAUAUAACUUGUUGUCCGUUUCUACCUCUUUUUCAUUAACCCCUAUAUAUACAACAACCUAAUGUACCACAUAUAGGAAGUUAAUACUGUUCUUUCUUUUGCAAUACCUGAAGUUUGUAGAUAUAUCAAACUGUGAAAAAAAUGUCAGUAGUAACAGAUUUCUACAGAUGAUAGCAUUCAUCUCCUAUAAAAGAAAACCUUCAUAAUACCAACUUUAUAAACAAAGCUUUCAAAAGGAAGUAAACUUUUCUAUUCCACUUUAUAUAUUUUGAUCAUGACAACUUCUGGUCUCACAGUGGCCAAACUCAAUCAGGUGUAUCAAAUUUAGCUGAUCAUGCUUUACUAAAUUUGCAAGCCCUAAAAGUUUUUCACUGUAAUGGGAAUCAAUGAUUGUAUUCUUAUUUCUUAUCUACCACAUUUGUAAUCAAAGAACAGUUUAAUAAUCAAAAUUCCAUGUGGAUAAAUGUUAAAAACUAAUAAAGCGCAAAGAAAAUCAAAUGCGAUAUUUUUCACAGUUAUAGUUAGAAAAAAAUUAUUGUUUUUAAGAUUCGAAAACAGCAUAGGGAUCAUUUCAGUUACUGGAAUUUAAAUUUUAUGUUGUAUGAAAACUGUUUUAGGAUGUUCAGAUGCCACUGGCAUCCAUGUAGUCAAUAUAGAAAACAGAGGAACUGAAGGAUGCCAUUCACAGAAACUUUUUUAGAAACUUUUUUGUUUAACAGCAUUCAUAGUUCUCAUUGAAGUUGUUGUUAAGAAGUAGAACACUAUAUAAAAAUCUAGAAAUCUACUAAAAGAUUUGUAUAAUUAUUACUGUAUUCUUUACAACCAAUAUUAAGUAGCUGCUGUAAAGUAAGGUUACUGCUGCAGAAAAGAAUGAGUUACAAAAAGGAUUAAUAGCUUCAGUUAAAACAUAGAUUUUAUCAAAGAUUAUUAUCAUUAAGAUAAAUUGCAAGCAAAUGUGGUAAACUGUUUUGUGAUUUGAUGCUUAUUAUACCAAUAGCUUUAAUUGAUCGUUCCGUCCUUAUGAGUUACAGAUCAAGUUGAUGUUUUGUUCUAGGGGACAUUAUUGCCAUUGAACAAUUAAACAUAGAACGUUUCAUUAGCAUUGUUAGUGCUUCACUUUAUUGUAAUAUUUCCAGGUUUUAGGUAUGUUAUAGUUUAAUAAUUAUUUACAGAUUAGUUUGCGCUUUGUUUUGUUUUGUUGAAAUUUUAUGGGCAUUUGUAUGUUUGAAUUUUUACAUCUGUUGACUGAUAUUUUUACACUGGUUGACUAAUUAGUGGGUCUCAUUUGGGUCUAAGCAUGAGGUGGGAUUGUUGAAUUUUGUAAGCGUGACACAUUAAAGUCAGAUUAUUGUACCGUGAAAACAGGAAAUGAAGUCUAGCAGGACACCGGAAAUUACAAAAAAUAAGAUUUGUUUACCUACAUAGGGUUAGCAGGAUACAGGAAUCUGACAAAACAGUUAGAGGUAUCCGGGAUCAGAACACCCCAAUGAGACCCCCUAACUAAUAAGCGUAAAAAAAUGUAUUGAAUUUCUCAGUUUUGCCUAAAAACCAAAUCUUUUUACGGCAAAACAAUGUAUUAAAUUUUUGAUACCAGAUAUUCAAAUACAGGGUAAAAAAUAUACACACUAAAGAAUUGAGGAAAAAAAACUAAAAACAGACAACACAAUAUUUAUAUUUUUUUAAUUUAAAUAAUAGUUUAAGUGGUUUAUUUCACUCUUAUUAUUUGCAUUUUUUGCAUAUUUUUAUUCCAUGCUGAAUUGUUUUAUUUUGUAGUUAGAUUAGUAACAGUUGUUUUCUAUUAUGCACUUCACAAUGAUAUUCUGUUGGACAAACAUACAUAGAAUAGAAUCAUAGAUUCUAGAAAUUGAAACAUAUUCUUAUUUACAUGCAUAAUAUUAAUCCUCUAAUACAGUGCCAUAUAUUUGUAGUUUUUUGGGAUAGGUUGUUCUUGCACAAUUAUAAGAUUGACUUGCAAUAUUAAGAAAUAUGCCUAUUAUAUGGAUAUUGAUUGAUGCAUCCAUUAACUAAAGAUAUAAACUAAAUCAUCUUUGAUUUUCUCUUAAGUAUUUGAUAUAAAUCAAUAAAUUUUCAAAACAUAUUUUGAGAUUCAAUCCUCUCUGAUUUAAAGGAAAAUUUUAACCAAUAAUUCUCAAAACAUUUUGCACUUUUGUAUGGCUACUGUCAAAUAUUUUUUUCAAUUUUUAUUCUCAAGAUUUCCUAUUAAAUUGAAAACUAUUGUUUUGAUGUCACAAUAUUGUCCAAAAAAAGAGUUCUUGUCGAACUUAUGAAUUAUGGAAAAUGAAAACAAAACUAUGGACAUUCACAAGUUUAAAUUUUGUUGAGAGAAGAGUUGAAAAUAUUUAUUUUUAGAAAAUUUACAAAUUAGAAAGAUGAAAGGAAAUAUUGGCAAGGGAAUGCAUUUGUUCAAAUACUGUAUUUAUGCUUGUAUAAGUCUUACUUAUAUACUUAUGAGUCUGACACAGUGGAUUGGUCUGAUCCUUGAUUUUAUCCUUACAAUUCAUAAUUUGGCAAUUUUUAUGACUUAAAAUAACUAAAUUAUGAUUUCCAGAUAGCAAAGUUACCAAGUUUUUGGUUAUUUAAAUGUUAGAUCACCCAAGACAAACAGACAUAGAGAUGAAAUUUUGUUUUAUGAAAAGUCAUUAAAUGGUUGCAAUCAUUCAAUAGGCUAUUAUAAAAACUUUUGCAAUAUAUUCUACCAUUAAAAUUUACUUCAUAUUAAAAAUACCAAUGUUGCAUAUAGUUUUAACACUAUAAUCAAACAUAUUUUGUAUACUUGCUUCUUUAUUUAUCAUGUAUUUGCCAAAAUAAAUCAACACUACUUAUGUAUUAUUUUUGUUUCUAAUGACUUGUUACAUGUAUUUAAAUUGUUGAAUAGUGAAUAAAAUUAGUUUUUU